GACCGAGCGAGUGGCAAGUGUGUAGACGACGACCGAGAUCGCCAUGAGCGCCAAGAGCCCCGAGGUGGUGGACGGCAUGAUCGACGACAGCCUGCUGGGCAUCCUCAUCAUCCUGCUGGUGGUCAUGCUCAGCACGGGCUACGUGUACGUGCAGCAGCUGCGGCAGGGGGACGCGCCGGUCCGCGGGAAUGGCAACGCAGCCAAUGCCGCUCGCAUGGCGCCGUCCACGGCCGCGGCGCUCGCGUCGGCGCCCGAGCGCGCCGCCAUCUCCACCGCCGGCCUCAGCGACCGCCAGCUGCGUCUGCACUUCACGCUGCCGCUGCGCAACGGCGCGCGCACCGUCACGAUCGCCGCCGAGGCGCUGCUCGACACGGAGUCGGACGCGCCGGCCUGGACGCACGACGACGUGCCGGCGCUGCUGGCGGACCUCUCGCGCGUGGCCGACGUGUACUUGCUGUGCACGGUGCAAGACGCCAACGACAAGGGCAAGAUGCAGCGCGUCCGCGAGUUCGUGACCACGCACCCGGACCUCAAGAGCAACGAGUCGACGCCCGGAGGCGUCAAGGCGCACAAGAUCCUCUUCUGCACGACGGCCAUUGGGAAAGUUGCGUUCGUGCGGCAGAUUGAGCCGCAAAUUCACGUUGAAGUGGAUUCUGGAGUCGUGCGGGACCUGGAGAAGCACGUGCCGCGCGUGGUGCACCUGCCGAGUAAACCUGAGGACGCAGUGGUGCCGUCGAUCCCUAACGUCAUCCACGUGGGCGACAGCUUCGCCAGCUAUUUCUCGCUGCUCAGCGCAAAAGAACGACUUUAA